GUGGGCGAGGACGAGGGCGAGGGCACGGCCGGGCUCCUGGCCGGCCAAAGGAGGCUCGCGGAAGCAGCAGCCGCCGCCCGACCGCAGCUGAAUUCUGAAGAUUGAUCCAAGGGACUGUGUUAAUUUCAGGAAUUGAUUUGAAAGACAUUGGCUCUGCCACUUAACAGCCAUGUAACCUUGGUGAGCCAUUAAUAGAGGCAGCACAUACCCCAAGCGGCAAGAGUGGCCCCGCCACGCUCCUUCCCUGCCCAGGAACUGCACUCAGCAUCAAAGCGCCACAGCUUCGAACUGUGUCUAUAUGGAAGAAAGCAGCAGUGUUGCCAUGUUGGUGCCAGACAUCGGAGAACAGGAAGCUAUAUUGACUGCUGAAACGGUCAUCAGUUCAUCAUUGGAAAUUGAUGAACAAAGAAAAGUUAAAACAGAUCCAUUGAUCCAUGUAAUUCAGAAGUUAAGCAAGAUAGUAGAACAUGAAAAGUCCCAAAAAUGUCUUUUAAUUGGGAAAAAACGCUCACGUUCAAGUGCUGCAGCGCACUCUUUUGAAGCCCAGGAACUUUGUGAGAUUCCAGCUAAAGUAACCCAGUCACCUGCUGCCGAGAUUAGAAGGUCAGAGAUGUCACAGAUACAUUUUACCCCUGGCUCUCUUGCCCAGAAUGAUGGGAAGGCUAUGUCUUACCAGUGUAGCCUCUGCAAGUUUCUGUCAUCAUCGUUCUCUGUGUUGAAAGAUCAUAUCAAGCAGCAUGGUCAGCAGAAUGAAGUGAUAUUAAUGUGCUCAGAGUGCCAUAUUACAUCUAAAAGCCAAGAGGAACUUGAAGCUCAUGUGGUAAAUGACCACGAAAGCGAUGCCAACAGUCGCACUCAAUCCAAAGCCCAACAUUGUGUAAGCCCCUCCAACUCUUUGUCUCAGAGACCCACAGAAAGAAAGAAUGAAACCACUUCUGAUACAGCCGUGAGUGCUGACCACCCGCAAACUCCUGCUGCCCAGAAUGCACCCGUGACGGAGAUGGGUAGGCGGAAAUGGUACGCGUAUGAGCAGUACGGCAUGUACCGGUGCUUGUUCUGCAGUUACACCUGUGGCCAGCAGAGAAUGUUGAAAACACACGCUUGGAAGCAUGCCGGGGAGGUUGACUGCUCCUACCCAAUCUUUGAAAACGAAAACGAGCCCCUAGGCUUGCUGGACUCCUCAGUGGCUGCUGAACCUGGUGGGCUAGAUGCAGUAGUCAUUGCUAUUGGAGACAAUGAACUGAGUAUCCACAAUGGGCCUUCGGUACAAGUGCAGAUUUGCAGCUCAGAAACAUUAUCCUCUUCAUCUCCUUUAGAACAGAGUGCAGAAGGCGGAGUUCAUCUAGGUCCGUCAGUUACUCUUGACCCUAACGAGGAAGAAAUGCUAGAGGUGAUUUCUGAUGUGGAGGAGAAUCUGAUUGCUGAUAGUCUGCUUUCAUCUGCACAGAAGAUCAUUAGUAGCAGCCCAAAUAAAAAAGGUCACGUUAAUGUGAUCGUGGAGCGUCUGCCAAGUGCUGAAGAAACUCUCUCACAGAAACAUUUCCUCAUGAAUGCUGAAAUCGAAGAGGGAAAAAACCUGAGCCCAGCAGAAUCCCAGAUGGGGUGUGAGGGAAGAGAUGAAGUUUAUCAUGCUGAUAAAUGUACUGUGGAUAUUGGGGGGCUGAUCAUAGGCUGGAGCAGCCCGGAGAAGAAAGACAGUGAGUUAAUGAACAAAGGACUGGCCACUGAUGAGAAUGCCCCACCAGGCCGAAGAAGAACAAAUUCUGAGUCUCUCAGACUACACUCAUUAGCCGCAGAGGCCCUCGUGACGAUGCCCAUAAGAGCUGCAGAACUGACAAGGGCCAACCUCGGGCACUACGGGAACAUAAACCUUUUAGGUCCAGACACCGGACAAAGGCAAGUAGAUAGUACAUUGGCAGCAUAUUCUAAAAUGAUGUCACCACUUAAAAACUCUGCAGAUGGAUUAACUACUUUUAACCAAAGCAACUCUACGUUGGUAGCACUCCCAGAGGGUAGGCAGGACUUGUCAGAGGGGCAAGUUAAGACAGGCAUCAGCAUGUCCUUACUGACUGUCAUUGAAAAGCUGAGGGAAAGGACAGACCAAAAUGCUUCGGAUGAUGACAUUUUGAAAGAGUUGCAGGACAAUGCCCAGUGCCAACCCAACAGUGACACGAGCUUGUCAGGAAGCAGUGUGGUGGAAUACAUCCCCAAUGCCGAUCGGCCCUACCGUUGCCGCCUUUGUCAUUAUGCCAGUGGAAACAAGGGCUACAUCAAGCAGCACUUGAGAGUCCAUCGGCAGAGGCAGCCAUAUCAGUGUCCCAUCUGUGAGCACAUAGCUGACAACAGCAAAGAUUUGGAGAACCACAUGAUCAACCACUGUAAAACAAGAAUAUACCAGUGCAAGCGGUGUGAAGAGUCUUUUCAUUAUAAGAGUCAACUGAGGAACCAUGAGAGAGAGCAACAUAGUCUUCCAGAUACCUUGUCAGUAGCAACUUCUAAUGAAUCGAGAAUUGCCGGUGAUACAGCUGAUGGAAAAUGUGUUCAAGAAGGGACUAAGUCUUCAGUCCAGAAACAGUAUAGAUGUGAUGUGUGCGAUUAUACAAGUACAACAUAUGUUGGUGUCAGAAACCACAGACGAAUCCAUAACUCUGACAAGCCAUACAGAUGCUCUCUCUGUGGGUAUGUGUGCAGCCACCCUCCUUCUUUGAAGUCUCACAUGUGGAAGCACGCAAGUGACCAAAAUUACAACUACGAACAAGUAAACAAGGCUAUCAAUGAUGCCAUUUCACAGAGUGGCAGGGUUCUGGGGAAAUCCCCUGCAAAGAUGCUCGUAAACAGCAGUGAGGAAAGAGCCGAUCCUGUCACUGGAAGUUCGGGAAAUUUGGUAUCAUCCUCAGAGCUGAUUUCCCAGGUUCCUGGCGAAGUUGUAGGUUCCAACGACAAUGAGAAACUGAGCCCUACAAGUAAUACCUCAUAUAAUUUAGAAAAAAACUCCAGUCUGGCGCCUCCUGGUAUGGAGUAUUGUGUUUUACUCUUCUGUUGUUGUAUUUGUGGCUUCGAAUCUACCAGCAAAGAAAAUCUCUUGGAUCAUAUGAAAGAGCAUGAGGGUGAGAUCGUAAACAUCAUCCUAAAUAAGGACCACAACACCACUUUAAACACAAAUUAGAUUGAAUAACUACUUGAAGAGGAACACGGUAGAAGAGAAAUCCUUUAAACCACGGUUUCACCUUUGUGCUAUCAAGUAACUUACUAGACACAGGAGAAAUAGUUGGUGUGGUGUUUGGGUUUUGGUUUUUGGUUUUUGUGGGUUUUUUUGUUUUUGUUUUUGUUUUUUUUUUUUGAGGAAGAGACGCAUGUGACUUUGGAAGCAAAUUUGCAGUGUAAUAAAAAAUUCCAGGUGGAUACAUGGUAAAGAUAUUUAAAUAUUCUGAGUGAGGGCAAGUGGGUUGAGGAGGAAGCAAAGAUGUAACCCUGUGUUAACCCUGUUACCUCUUCUUAGUGUUGAGUGUAUUUAUUAUUCAAAGCUUAUUAUAGUGUAGAAAUGCAAGCAAAAGAAUUAAGAAAGAGCUUUUCUGGGAACUAUUCUAAAACUUCUUGUUGUAAAAGUGUCACAGUCUUAAACAGAGCUUAGUUUUCUUCUUCAUUCUGAGCUUGGACAUGCCAACUCUAGAGGGACGGGCCUCUUGUGAGGGGUGGGGGGCUGCUGUCUGAGGGGUUUUCACUAUCACCAACAGAGUCAACAAGGAUAAGAUACCAGAGGGCUAUGAAAUGAUCUACCUAAAUCUUUCCCCAAAUCGAUAGGAUUUCAUCAUUUACUCAAUCUAAGAUACAGUACUUUUUUUUAAGAUACAUUACUUAUUAAAAAAGAGAGAGACCUCUGAAUCCAAACCCAGAGUAUAAAUAGGCAUUUAAGAAGUAAAUUAUUGUCUUAAAUUUACAGUGAAUUUCUUGUGAGCGAAGGAGAAAAUAGGUGAAUUCCCACCUGCCUCAAACCAAAUCUGAAGGUUCGUGAAAAUGGGGACUCGUUUAGCACAGCACAUUCCCAAAGACUCUUUUCAAAGUGUUUGACAGAACACCGCAAUUUGCUCCGUUGCCACACAUGCUUUAUAGUCCUCUCUCCCAAACUAUAGACCAAGCGUAGUAUCACAAAGGUCUAUUCAAGCAACAAAGUAUGAAAAUUUGCAUUUGAUCAUCAGAUCUUGGAAGUACUUGGAACUCAAAUAAAAAUCAUUUAGGGGAAGAGGGGCGAAAUUCAAAAGCCCCUUUGAAUGAGUACUGCUGUGGAGAUUUUAUUUCCGGGAGUUUAAUCUAGUUGUUAGCAUAAGAGGUAUAAUCAAAUGUGGCUAAACUAUAGUAAAAAUUCAGGUUGUUUAUAAAACUUUUAAUAACAAACAACAUUUGGCAAGUCCACAGGGUUUCUCCUAUCUAGGAUAUUCCAUUUUGUCAGUGUGCAAUAGGACAUAUGGAAGACCAACUACCAGUGCUUUCGCACUAAAACUCGCCAUCGCACCCAUGUAAUCUUCUCAUUAAUUACACAGUUUGUAUUAUAAUGUGUUUCAAAGAGAACAGGGGUGUUUUUGUUUUCGUUUUGGCUUUUGUUGAACUGAUCGUUUAUUUUUGCAUUGUUUUGUCAAAGUAAAUUCUUCAUACCAGUCAAAAGGCCGGUGCACCAUGCAGUGCACCAUAUUCAUGGUGCUCUUUCUGAACUUGAUUUCUAACAUCUUCUAGUGCUGAGGCUGUGACUCUGAUAAACUCAGAAGACAUUGAAAACAGUUUUUUGAGUGGAAUACUUUGUAGACAUAUUUUAGGAUAGAAUUCCCUUCCCAAAGUCUAGGUAUGGAUUGAAUGAAUUAGUAUUUUUCAGGUCGCAUCAGGAACUACUUAAGUGGGUGGGGCCAGGCCAUCUUGAAACAUUGUUUAAAUUUUUUUUUUUAAUCUCAUGUUGAUGAUAUUUAAACAAACAAUUGAUCGUAACUUGGCGGCUGUUUGAUUUAGGUAUCUUUAUUUAUGGGAGUUAAUACCACUCUGAUAGGUGGUUUUUAAAAAAGAUAAAGUGAAUUUAUACUAAAUUAUAUCACCCAAAUUCACUGCAUAUGGAUUUAUAGUUUCUCCAGUUUUCAGAAUUAAAACACAAUUAUAUUUCGUUUCAAAUUUAAAUAUUUUAAAUGGUUCCAUUUUUAUCACUCAUUCUAAAAAUUAACAACCUUAGUAGCAGGAUUUUGUUUUAUAAAGUUUCCUUGGUUUUAAUUUCAUGUAAUCAUUUGGAAAAUAUUAAUAACCCAAAAAAUCCCAAAAACAUCAAUAGUGAAUUUUUUAAAUUACAUUCAGUUCCCUAAACCACUUCCAUUGAUUGUUACAUAAAUUUCCCAUUUGGAAUCAUGGAUUUAAAAUUUACCUAACUCAUGGAGAAAAAACCCAGAAGUUCAAAACCUUUAAACAUUCAUUUGAUUGUAGCCUAGAAUAUCCUCAAACGCUUUCCCCGGGGCAAUAGGAGGAGCCAUAUACCAUGGGUGUUCCAUACCUUCCUGUUACCAUUUUGUGGCAAGCCUUAAGUGAACACUGUCUCUACCAAGAACAGUUGAACAUUUCUAAAAGUAAUAGUGAAGGCUAAGUAUGCAAUUUUAAUUGUAGAAGAGAUAGGUAUUACACUAAUAGCAGGAAUUCUCUUUAUAGGAAUAACAUUUUACUUGUAAUAGAUCUUUUGCCGUAAUAAAGCUCAUAGUAUUUGUUUCCCACUCUGAACACUUUACACAGUUCUAAGAUUUGAUAGUAAAAAUGGUUUUUAAAAGAAACGUACUGAAUGCAAGGCAAAGGUGGCGAGGGGGCAAGACGAUGCAUUCUGGUCAUUGUAAGUAAUACUUUCAGGGGGCCAACGUUUUCUCUCCUCCUCUAAUAACCCCAGAAGAUGGUGGGCGGCCCCAGUGUUCUCCCAGUGCCCUGCCUGUAGAUUUUAGUUCUGUGUCCGGCCUGCGGGGUGUACGGACACUGACAGAACAGAAGCCUUUGUUCUAGAUCUCUCAUCCUAUUCGAGGUAGCUCUUGGUGGCUUCUUUAUUUUCUUUGUCUUUUCUCACAAAGCAGAUGGUGGGCACCCAUGUUUACAUUGUAUCUUCCCACAAUGUACUUGGCUUGACAAAGACAAGCAGGCUUCUCUAUUGAGACUUAUUAUAUUUUUAGUUUUCAUAGACACUUAUUUAAUCUUUUUAUUGUACAGCAAGGUGCUCUAAGUAAUAUUCUAUAAAAUAUAUUUAAUAGAAAUUUGAGUUUGAUAUUCAUGGACAUGAAUACAUGUAUUUUUUUAAGAAAUGAGUAUUGUGUAACACUAUGGCAUUGCUUCUAUAGCCAAAGUCUAAAAAAUUCUGGAACACUGACAUGUAAAGACUACAGUUAAUUCUGACACUGUAUCUUAUUAAAAUAGGAUGAUUUGCAUUUUGUAAAAUUAUCCUGCACAUCGAGCUGCAUGCCUUAAAGCCUAAAACUCUAGGAUUGUGUUCAUGGUAGGACAGUUUAUCUGUUCAACAAACAGUGAAGCAAGGUCUAUAGUGCUUCUUUAACUACCUUUGGAAAUACUGUACAAUGUUAGAAUAAUUUAUUUUGCUUUACAGGAGUUUGUCAUGUAUUGACUUUAAUAUUGUAUUUUGGUAAUAAAUUUUUU